CAGGGAGAGGCGCUGAGACAGACGCUGCUCAACCGCUACUACGGCAGCGCCAGCGGCGCGGGGGGCGGCCUCGCUCGCCGCGCCAGCAUGGCCUACUACGUGAACGGGCCGCUCUCCGCCGCCGCCGCCGUCGCCGCCGCGAGCCGCCCCACCCCGCCGCACGUGACAGGCCUAGGCGCGGUGGCAGCGCUGCAGGAGCAUCACCUGCAGCAGCAGCAGCAGCACCGGCGCGCCGACAUGACGCUAGUGGAGGUGCAGUGCCACCUGGAGAGGGAGGGGGCGGCCGACCUGGUCAUCGACCUCAUCAUGGGCGCCGCCAGCGACCGGGUCUUCCACGAAACCAUCCUCCUCGGCAUCGCGUUGCUCGAGGGCGGCAACACCACCAUACAGCACUCGUUCUUCCGCCGCUUGACGGAGGACCGCCGCUCCGAGUGCUUCUUCCGCGUCUUUCACGAGCGCAUGAAGGCCGCCCAGCAGGAGAUCAAGGCCACGGUGACCGUGAGCGCCAGCGAGCUUGGGGGCCGGCGCCGUGACGACGAGAGCCCACCGGAGAGAGAGCCGCUCAUCCGCCGCCGACGUAUGAGGAGUUCGGUCGCGGGCAUAAGCGAGGAGAUGCGCGAUCAGCUGGCCGAAGCCACCGUCGCCACCCAAAAGGCCUUCAGCCACUACCGGCGGGGUCGCGACCUCGACCCGGACGACGCGGCCGCCGCGGCGGGCAGCAUCGCCGGCGCCGGAGUCGUCAGCGGAGUCGGCGGGGGCCCCAUCCUCAUGUGCGAGAACCACAACAGGGACCUGCAGGUGAACACCGCCCGCACGUCCCGCACGUCCCGCGCUUAA